AUGGGGACAGUGCCCUUAGAUGAUGAGGGUGAUGGCGACACUGCGCCGUGGACGUCCGAGGGAGUAGGAGCGGCGGGAGGAGGAGCAGAUGCAGUGAGGGCAGCAGCAGCAGCAGGAGCGGAUGGGGUGGGAGGAACGGAACGGGCAGCAGCAGGUGCGCGAGGUGGAGGAGCGGCAGGAGGGGGGGCAGCAGCAGAUGGGGCAGCAGCAGCAGCGGGGGAAGGUGGGGUGGAGGACGAUGGGGAGUGGCGGCCUAUUCGGCUGCGGAACGAGCGGGUGAAGCGGCAGAACAAGCUGGACGUGCUCACCAAGCGCGAGAUGUGCAUCCUCAAACGCGAGCGCCCAGGGCUCACCCACACCAAUAUCGUGCAGCUGCUGCAGAUUCGCUUCCCCGGGCUACGAAUGGAGCCGUCACACGUGACCAAAAUCUUAAAGGACGAGAGCCGCUGGUUUGACGACCGCAACGUGAAGUUUGUCAAGGGCAUGCGCGUGCGCAUGCCAGAGUGCUUCGCACUCGAGGAGGCCCUCGCCGCGUGGUACAAGGAGGAGCGCCUGCACGGCCGCAUUCCGCUCUCUGGAGUCUCUGGCAAGGCCCGGGAGCUCGGCCCUCAGUAUGGCGCCCCGGCAGAUUUCAAGUACAGCACUGGAUGGGUGAUGCGGUUUCUGGAGCGGUGGGGGUAUUCAAAGAAGCAUCUGGAUGCAGCAAGGGAAGCACACUUUCAGGAGGAGGAGGAAGGCGACGGGGAGGGCGAGGGGGGGGGCGGGGGUGCUGCUGCUGAGGGGCAGAAUCCCGGCCCUCCUCUUUUAGAGCUUGCUGAUCGGAUGUUCGGGCCAGAGAUUAGGGAGGCUGGGAGAGGUGGUAAGGGGCGGAGGAGGAGGAGGCAUAGCGAGUGGACUGCGGAUGGGCAUGAGGUGAUUGAAUUGGAGAGUGAGGGGGAUGAGGAGGGUGAGGAGGGGAGUGGGGAGGAAGGGGAUGAGGAGGGGGAUGAGAGGGAGGAGGAAUCGGAGGAGAGGGACGGUGAGGGUGGAUGGGAGGAAAUGGGACAGGUGGUGGAAACACAGGAGGGAAGGGAAGUGCAUGGCGAAGGGGGGGUGCGUGAGGGAGGGGGAGAGCAUGAAGGAGGGGCCACCAACCUAGCAGACCGCUCCCCUCGCCCUACCCUAGCAGAAUUAGCUCUAGCAGAGGCAAUAGCCGACGGCACGAUAUCAGAGGACGGGGGUGGGUCGCUCCGUUUUCUCGAGAGAGUGCCGUACUGCAACAUUCGCAAAAUGCUGUCCCACAGGGACUAUUACCUUCGGUCGCAGGACAUGGGAACCCGUUUCCGGUAUAGAAAGCCGAAAUACCCGGAAUUUGAGAGGGCGCUUGUGGAGUGGGUACAGGAGAUGAAGGGCAAGUUUGGGGAGGACGUUUUAGUCUAUGAGGAUGUGAAAGGGUAUGCGAAGCAGCUAGGGCCGCGCAUGGGCGUGCGGAAAACCUUUACUUACAGCCAUGGCUGGGUGGCGAGGUUUUUGCGUCGCCACGGGCUGAACCUCAAGAGUAUUAGGCGGGAUGUGGCGAAAGGGGGAGAGGCUGGGGCGGGUGGGGGCGGGAAUGGGGAGGGCGAGGGGGAGAGGGAGGCGGGGGAGGGGCAGGGGGAAGGGGAUGAGGUAGGGACGGAUGGAGAGAGGGGAGGUGUGACUACAGACGAUGGUGCUAGUACUGAUGGCGGCGGUGAGGGCGAGGGGAAUGAGGAAACGGGGGACGAGGAGGGAAGGGAGGAGGGAGGGGAGGCAGCAGGAGGGGAGGCAGCAGGAGGGGAGGCAGCAGGAGGGGAGGCAGCAGGAGGGGAGGCAGCAGGAGGGGAGGCAGCAGGAGGAGAGACUACAGCAGGGGAGGCAGCAGCGGGAAAAAAUGCAGAAAAGGCAGCAGGGGAAAAAAAUGCAGAAAAGGCAGCAGCAGCAAGGGAAGGAGACGAGUUAGCAGGGAGGAUCAUGGCUCUGAUUGAGAAGAUCAAGGCAGGCGAGCCGGUGGCCUUGCUGCAGGAAGAGGGGCUGUUGCCGCGGAAAGGAGGCAGGAAAGCAGGCAGGAAAGGAGGCAGGGGGGCUCUGAACCAAGACGGUAAUAACGAUGGGGGUAACGGUAGCGAUGGUGGUAACGGCGGUGGUGGUAACAGCGGUGGUGUGAAGCAACGCAUGCAGGUGCCUCUGCCGCUGAAGCUCGCUGCGUGUGCCGUGUACCGCGCCCGCCCCGACCUCCCCCACGUGAUCGUGCACCAGGCCCUGCAGAAGCGGUACAAUGUGAAGCUAGAGCGGUUGAAAGCGGCCAAAUUGCUGGGCAUGGAGGGGGUGAUGAGGGAGACGAUGCAGCGGGGCAUGGUGCGGGCGCGCAAGGGGAGAGAGGUGCAGUUAGAGGAGGCUCUUGCUAUGGCUAUACUGGCAUACGCCAAGCGCCUGGGCCCGCUUGUGGGCGUGUCCCCCUCGUUCCGCUACAGCACUGGGUGGCUGCGAUGCUUCCUGGAGCGCCACCAACUGGAAGCAUUCGUUGCUGGGAGGACUGGGCGAAAAGCAGGUGCUGCAGCAGGAGGGGAAACAGGGGAAGGAGGACCGGAGGCAGGAAUAGGGGGAGCAGCGGUGGGAGGAAUGGGUGGAGGAGAGGUGGGAGGGGCGGCAGGUGGGAGGGGAGGUGAGGGGGAGUGGGUACCGGAGGGGCUGAGGGGGAUUCUGGAUGAGACGUUUCAUGUGAGGCAGGAGGAGGUGAAUGCUCUUGUGAGGCUGGCUGACCGGCUGUGGCGGAGGAAAAUGCGGAUGAAACGGGGCCAAAAGGGGGGAGAGGAGGUUGAGGAGUCUGAGGAAGAUGAAUCGGAGGAAGAGAGGGGGAGAGGAAAGAGUGCGAGAGGGAGGAGUGGGGAUGGGAAUUGGGGGGAGGAUGGAGGGGACGAGGGGGGGGCGUAUGCGGGUGGUUAUAGUGACGACUCCGGUAGUGAUGGUGAUCGUGGUGGUGGUGGUGGUGGUUUUGGGGGUAUGGCAGAGCGAAGCACCCACUUCCCCCUCCCUGACUCGGGGGCCUCUAGUGGGGACGAGCAGGCAGGGCGGGGUGCGGGGGCGAGAUUCUCUCGCUCCCAGCAUCUUCAUUCCCUCUCAAACCUGCCUGGGGCGCGGGUGGUGCCUCCUUCUCUUGCUCCUGGUGGUGCAGGCACGAGGUGGGGUGGAGCAGCAGCAGCAGCACUCGUGCCCGCGCCUGUGACGACAGCAGAGGGGAUCCUAUCAGAGCUGGCAGACGUGCGUGUGGGGUCUCUGGCAGAAGCGCACCCGUCCCUGCUCUCCUCCUGGUCUCGCCUCUCUGCUGCCUCUCCUGCUGCCGCCGCUGGCGCUGUUGGUGCAGCUGGUGGUGCUGCUGGUGAUACUGGUGGGUUCCUAGGCGCUGCUGUUGGGGUAAUAGACGGUUUGGGGAGCAUGAUUGGCGGGAUGACUGGGGGGAGCGAGGCGGAGCUAAGACUGGCCCGGCGGCGCAGAGACAUGCUGUCCUCUGAUGCCUUUUAUAAGCGCUGGCAGGAGCAUGCGAGAUUGCGGCGAGAAGCGGGAGAGAAGGCUCAAAAGAUGUCUGAUGCGUUUUAUCAACGCUGGCAGGAGGCUGCGAGAUUGCGCCGAGAAGGGGGGUCGGAAGGGGGGGAGAGAGGAGGUGGCGAGGGAGGAGGGGAGGAGAGAGGUGCGGGAGAGGGAGCGGGGGCGGGAGAGGGAGCGGUGGCGGGAGAGGUAGGAGGAAGGGCGGUCGGAGUGGUGGGAGGGUCGGGAGGUGCAGGAGGAGGGAGUGGAGGUGGGGGGAGUGGUGGUGGGGGGAUUGGAGGUGGGGGGAUUGGAGGUGGGGGGAGUGGAGGUGGGGGGAGUGGAGGUGGGGGGAGUGCGGAGGGGGCGUGGGAGGUGGAUGAGGGGUGGCAGUGGUGGAUGCGGUCUGGUGUGGUGGGGGUGCGGCAGAUGGGGGAGGUGGUGGUGGGAAAGGGGGAUUCGGGGGAGCUGGGGUAG